AAUUUCCAUGCGGCUACUAAUUAAAUUAUGCAAGAAUGAGACAUUUUAUUCCUCAUUUUUGGCUCACUCUUUCAACCCAAAAUAAUAUGAGAAGGAAAUUUCGUGGAUAUGUAGAAAAAUGUAUUGCACUCCACCUAUAUUAAUUAAUCUUGUAAUAAUUUAUGAGCAGUUGAUUAGAAAUGGCUCUGAUAGCUUCCUGUUGGCUGCUUGUCGAAUCUUUCGUCGUCCCACAUGGAUUUGUCAAGUGGUUUUUCUUGAGUUUUUACAUUCAUCCAUUCUUUCUUGUUUUCUGCCAACUCUUUCUAUGGCUCAAGGAGUUAAUCUGCUUCUUCUUCUAUCCUUUAAAAAUCGCGUUGCGCCUCACUCUGUUUGUGUUUGGUCUGAUUGUGAGGCUAGUCUUGUUUUUGUUUUCCUACAUUAGGCCAAUCAAAGGUGAUCUCUUUUAUGAUGCUCUUGAACCAGAAACUGAGCAUAUUGCGGUACAAGAUUGUCAGCUUUUUAUUGGUAGAAGUAGAUUCGAAUCAAUAGAAGAAAUAGUUGGCGAUUGCUGUGUUAAAGAUUCAUGGCUGAAUCAGUACUUGUAUUCUGAUCAUUACAAUUACACUACCUCUGCACUCAUCAUAUACGAUGUUAACAUGUCGGAAAGCAUGGAGGUACACCCUGAUCAGCACAAACGUACAACUUCAUCAUCUCCUUCCACUUUCGUGGAUCAAUCGGUUGAUGAUGAUGACGACCUCGAAUCAUCUGAUGAAACUGAAGAUUCUGUGAUUAGCCCUGAUUCCAGUGCUUCUGAUCCUCUGAUGCUUGAGAAUAUGCUUCAAGACGACAGCGUUUCGCCUAUUUCAAGUCUCGAUUCCAACGACUCCUCGUCAGCAGGCGUCGUGCUUGAUGAUGCCGAAGAUCCAUUUCACAACAAGUACACCUCGAGAGUGAGAUUCUUCGACGUUCUCUAUCAUGAAAGACUUCAUGGAAUUAGUGCAAUCUUGAACGAGCAUUUAUCGAACCCUCACGUGUUGGACUGCAUCGAGCCAUCGGCAAAUUACCCGAUGGUUUGGAGUAGAAUGGCACGAAAGAGGGUGCUGAGGAGUUUGGAAAACGAUCUUGAAAUGAUUAAUGUGGCUCAAUCUUGCCUCUUCUGGGAGGCCCUUGAUCAUCAGUAUCACAAAGUUGAGGCUCUUUCAUUAUCCGAUCAUUGCGGAAACAUAUUAUUUCAUCAUAAUAUUUCAGGGAAAUUUCAAGAACUUCAGAUUCUAUUGGAAAGAUUUGUGGAAAAUCAAAGAUGUGAAAGCCAAAAACCUUCAAGUGUUGCUAGUAAAAGACUUUCUUUGCAGGGUCUUCUCCACGUCCCUGAUGCAACAGGAUUUGUCCUUAUGGAGAUGAUGAGCGAAGAUAAUUGCAUAAGGCCAACUCAACUAUUAGAAGCCAUUGACAAAUGCAUCCAAGCUUUCUGGUUAUACAUCAAAACAGAUGAUCGAAAGAAACCAUUUUGGAAAAAUGAGGGUAUUUGGAGGACUCAUCCACCUGUUGAAGAUCCUCAGGACUUGGAGCUUCUAUACAAUGUGCUCAAAGAUUUGCACAAGAAAGGGAUAAUGCUGAGAGGUGUACAAGGGAAGAGCAAGUGUUGGAUAAGAAGGAAAGUGAAACCAAUGCAAGCAGAGCAUGAGAAGAGAAAUAUUGUGGUUGCCAUGAUUGAUAUGAAGCUGGUGCAAAGGAUGCUUAAAAUGUCUUUAAUUUCUAGGUCUCACCUCAAAUGGUGUCAAGACAAGCUUAACAACUUAGAUUUUAAGCAAGACAAUGUUUUUAGGGCCCGUAACAGUCACUUGUUUCCCUCGCCUUAGAUUCCUGUCUUGAUCAUUUAAUUUGUACAAAAUAAUAUUUCGUCGUAUAUAUUAA